CAGAUGCCGCUAAAAUCGUGUCAUCAAUAAUUUCGAAUCGGGUGCAAUUAGUAAACAAAAACAUGGCUGCCGAGAAUGGAGAAAACGACGUACAAAAGUCGUUAUUAAAGAUUAUAUUUUUUCAUCCAUUUUUUUUUGUUUUGGCCAUUUUUACGCUCAUAUGUUCACUAUGCAUACUUAUCUUUCUUUAUCGACAACACCGUUCAAAAGAGAGUAAAACGAACUUGCCAUCAGGGCAGUCAAAGCCAAGAUUUCGAAAAAGAGACAAGAUGAUUUUCUAUGGCAAAAAAAUAAUGAGAAAGGUGCGCAACACUCGUGACGAUAUUUAUCGAAAGAGUCAUAUAAAAGCCAGACAGAAAGUGAUGUUGAAUUUUGCCAAACAAGUGCUUCAUCUUCAAGAACAGGAGCCAUGUCGUAAAAUUAAAGAACCUCCACCGGCAUUUCUCGAAGCAGACUGGAAAGAUUCAGAAGAAGCAGAACAAAGACUGCCAGCUGAAGUUGUCUAUAUGUUGAAGAGUGUUAGGGUCUUUGGUCAUUUCGAGAAACCUUUAUUCAUUGAAUUGUGUAAACAUAUUGAGACGAAGUUUUUACCUGCGAGUACUGUUCUAUCUAGCGAAGGAAUAAAUCCUCCAACCACCCUAUACAUACAUUACUUUCAUCUCAUGCAGGACGGCAGUAAACAGGCAUUAAAGAGAGUUAGUCCUGGCAACAGUGUGUUCAGUAUGUUGAGGGAUAUUGGAUGCUUUGACGUGGUUUUAUCAAUUGAAAGACCACAAACUCACGAACACAAAGUUAAAGUCGUGGCGUCCGUUGAUUCAUACAUUUUAAAAUUACCAAGUAAAGCAUUUCAAACUGUGUUUGAUCUACCGGAAUCUCUAGUGAGACUAGUACAGGUAAUUAUGUUACGUCUACAGCAAGUUACAAUGAUGGCUCUUCAUGAUUUUCUUGGCUUGACUAAUGAGCUCGUUAGCCUUGAUACGGAAGAUGCUACAAAAGUCCCGUCGUUUUAUUCCAUUUCAAAUACCAACAAAUUUCCAACAACCGAAACAAUAAAUGAUUCACGAAAAAAGAGCGCUUCGAUGGUCAAAAAUGAAGUCUUCCCUCGGAGUGCUAGCCUUGCGGCUAGGCCAGGAAAUUCCAUGAGCAAAAGUGUUCCUGUUCAAAUACCAGGUCCAAUGAAACGAAGCUACUCUCUCAAUUAUGUUCAGGAAAAGUUAAACGAUAGUGAUAUUGAUGAAACAAGUGAUUUUGCCGCAGCCUGUGGUCGAGCAAGGGCGUUUACGGAUAGGGGAUCUCGGCCCAAGUUUGAAACGGGAAGCUCUACGUCACCAGAACCCAGUCCUAAUGAUUUUGAUGUGAGCAGAUUCGACUUUCCAGUCGCUCAACGAGAAUAUGAAGACGACAAACCGAGGUUUGAACGAGGCAAUAGUUUUUACGAAGAUGAAACAAUGAUUAAAGCAAAAAAGGACAUUGCAACUAUACUUGGACUUGGGGCAAGGGAUGAAAUUUUGCUUGACGAUGUGCUGUGUUCCGCUGUCAUAUCCAAAGGAACUGUUCUUGUUAAACAGGGAGAAAUGGAUUGCAGUGUCUUUUUCCUUAUAAGUGGAUGUUUGCAAGUCUCCCAAAUGGGCAUGGAAAAUAGCGAAGAGAACAUCUUAUAUGUCGCUCGUCCCGGUGAAGUAGUCGGAAGUCUAUCGGUAAUUACCGGAGAGCCUUCGUUAUUCACAAUCAAAGCUGUCAAAUUUUGCGAAGUUGGUGUCAUGAGUAAAAGCGACAUCUAUGGGUUACUUCGACAAAGACCACGUGUCAUUUUAAAUCUAAGCACUACGCUUACUUCACGGCUUACGCCGCUGGUCAGAAAUAUCGAUUAUGCUCUUGACUGGGUACACAUGGAGGCGGGUCGUGCCAUUUAUAGGCAAGGUGAUGAAUCUGACUGUCUCUACAUUGUUCUUAACGGUCGGCUGAGGUCUGUAGUGACACAAAACAAGAAAAAGGAAUUGGUCGGUGAACAUGGCCGUGGGGAGUUGGUUGGUGUGGUUGAAGCUUUGACACAAAAUCCGCGAAUUGCCACUGUUCAUGCUGUUCGUGACACCGAGGUCGCUAUACUUCCUGACGGCCUGCUCAACGCGAUCACAAAAUACCCACAGGUUGUGAGUCGACUAAUCCAUUUAUUAGGAGAACGAAUCCUCCGUCCUAUACAAGCUUUAAAUUCAGAUCAUUCUAGUGGAGAGACAAGUGAAGUCGGAACAAAUUUAGCAACAAUAGCCAUUGUUCAAGCAUCCGAUGAAGUCCCUUUAAAUAACUUUGCGUUUGAGCUCAGUUUGGCCCUAAAUACUAUUGGGCCAACUUUAUUACUGACUAGUUUUCUUGUUCAAAGUAAACUGGGAACGUCUGCCUUGGACAGUAUGCAUGAAUAUCGUUUAUCGAAUUGGUUGGGUCAACAGGAAGAUCUUCAUCAUCUUGUUGUUUAUCAAGCAGAUCAUUACAUGUCUGCAUGGACGAAGAGAUGCAUCAGACAGGCUGACCUUAUUUUAAUUGUUGCUUUGAGUGAAAAAGAGCCAGACGUUGGACAGCUAGAAACGCAAAUGGAAAACAUGCAAGUUCGAGCACAGAAAGAGUUAGUGUUGUUACAUCGCGAUAUUAAUGAAAAACCAAUCACGAGAACUGUUGAAUGGUUAAAUGCUCGAGGAUGGAUAUCUGCUCAUCAUCAUAUCCGAUGUCCAAGGAAAGUAUUGAGCAGAAAAUCUUUAGUGGAAAAGUACCUUCAUGAUCCAAGCAACUACCCCAUUCCUACACGACAUUCAGAUUUUUCAAGACUUGCUCGCCGUUUGACUGGUACUUCCAUUGGUCUUGCCCUCGGUGGAGGCGGGGCAAGAGGAAUAUCUCACAUUGGAAUGAUUCAAGCUUUACAUGAAGCCGGAAUUCCAAUCGACAUGGUAGCUGGGACAAGUAUUGGAUCCUUAGUUGGAGCGGUUUAUGCAACCGAAGCAGAUCCCGAAAAGACUUUAGCCGUUUGUAAAGAAUGGUCAAUGAGCAUGACAUCUCUGUUUAAAAUAUUCAUGGAGUUAACUUACCCUUUCACAUCGUUUUUCUCAGGAAAUGGAUUCAAUGCCAGCAUAAGAACUGUACUUGGAGAAAAACAAAUUGAGGAUUUGUUGCUGCCCUUUUUCACCGUUACAACUGAUAUAUCAUCUUCUUGUAUGAGAGUACAUUCAAAUGGUAGUUUAUGGCGUUAUGUACGUGCAAGUAUGUCGUUAGCAGGCUAUAUGCCACCCCUUUGCGAUCCAGUUGAUGGUCACAUGUUACUAGAUGGUGGAUAUUGCAAUAAUCUUCCAGCGGAUAUCAUGAAGUCAAGGGGAACUAAAACCAUCAUUGCUGUUGACGUUGGUUCUGAAACUCCAGCUGAGUUAACAAACUAUGGCGACCAUCUUUCAGGCUGGUGGUUAUUGUGGAAUAAGUGGAAUCCUUUCAGUGAAAAAAUAUAUGUUCCUAAUAUGGCCGAGAUUCAAAGUCGUCUUGCUUACAUAUCGUGUAAUCUCCGGCUUGAACAGUUAAAAGAAAAUAAGUAUUGCGAAUUUCUGCGACCACCAAUAAACAAAUUUAGUACUUUAGAAUUUGGCAAAUUUGAUGAAAUCUUGAAAUUGGGCUAUGAUUAUGGAACUGAAAUAUUUCAAGAAUGGGCGAAAAAUAGAAGACCCGACAUGUACCCUGAUCUUUCUGCUGUUGUAUCAUCCAGUCGUCCGGAGCUUGUUGAAAAGCGUCCAAUGGGAAGCGUCAAGUCGAUUUCUGACUUCGCUAAGCUUGUUUCGCGGGUCGACCACCCGCACAAACCCCUUAAAUUCAUCACUGCGCUCCCCGAAGGUUAUGAAACGUCAGAUGAUGACGAUGUUGAACCCGAAGAUCAACCUCGUCGCACAGGAUCAUUAGGUGAUCACGAAGUACUUUUGGGAGGUGAUAGUGCCGAAGAGCAUGACGGGGUAGGAUUUUCUAGCACUGACGAUGCUGAAUACGAGUCUGAUGAUACGCAUGUCCGAAAGAGAACUGCUGCUCGGGUGUUUCGAUUGUCUAGUUCGGAACCUCCCGAAUAGUUAGGAAGCUGUCAAGUGAUUUACUUUAUUUAUGCAGUACAUGGUUGUAAAGUUGACUUUGUUCAAAAUCUCAGCCAUGUCAAAAAUUUAUAUAUUUAUUUUCAUGCAUGUAUUUUCGCCAACAGAUUUUUAAUCAAAAUGUCGUCUAUUCCCGUCUUUACACCAGACGAAUUACGAAUUUAGCUUCGUUUUGUUUAAAUUUCGAACCGAAAUUGAAAAUUUUGCUCUUGAUGCCUUUACGCAAGAAGCACAGUUAAUCCUAAAAAGUACCUCUAUGUAUCCGGUUAUACUAUUUAAUAUUGCUCUAGUAUAAUUGAAGAGAAUCUAAAUUAUAUUUCAACGGUUUCAUAA